AGAGCCAAAACACCGUCAUCAUUAAGCACAGCAGUACUGGAGAAUGGAGACCGUCUAUUUGUGGAAGUACAGGUACCAGGAUGAGGAGACGCCCCCCUUGGAGCACAGUCCAGCACAUCUGGCUCCAGGGAAAAGUGCCGAAAUGCUGCACAUGAGCGACAAGAACCUCGCUGCCAUGGAGGCCAUACAUGGCUACACACCACACACCCAUAUAUCCCCUGUCAAGCCAGUGUUGAUGUCUACAGGACACACACCCAUGUACACUUCUGCUGUUUCCACACUGGGAAAUAGUCCGCCUGUGGUGGUGAACACGGACACACUCGAUGGCUCGCCAUAUGUGAAUGGAACAGAAGGUGAAAUCGAGUAUGAGGAAAUCACACUAGAGAGAGGGAACUCAGGCCUGGGCUUCAGCAUAGCAGGGGGAACUGACAAUCCCCAUGUGGGCGACGACCCGAGCAUCUUUAUUACGAAAAUCAUACCUGGAGGAGCGGCGGCUCAGGAUGGACGCCUGAGUGUGAACGACUGCAUCCUCUUCGUCAAUGAUGUCGACGUGAGAGAGGUGACACACAGCCAGGCUGUGGAGGCUCUGAAGGAAGCAGGUGCUAUCGUCCGGCUCUACGUCCUCCGUCGGAAACCGGCGGCCGAGAAAAUCACUGAACUGAAACUUAUCAAAGGGCCUAAAGGACUGGGUUUUAGCAUUGCUGGAGGAGUGGGAAACCAGCACAUACCAGGAGACAACAGCAUCUAUGUCACCAAAAUCAUCGAAGGUGGAGCAGCACAUAAAGAUGGACGCCUCCAGAUAGGAGAUAAGAUCCUGGCGGUAAACAACGUAUGUCUGGAAGAUGUCAUGCAUGAAGAUGCUGUGGGGGCACUGAAGAACACAGCCGAGGUGGUGUACCUCAGGGUGGCGAAGCCCAACAACCUGUUUCUGACCAACUCCUAUAACCCUCCAGAUCUCACCAACACAUAUUCCCAUAUGGACACCGAAUUGAGCCACCCCAACUAUCUUGGCUCGGAUUACCCACAAGCCCUCACUCCCACCUCACCGAGUCGCUUUUCCCCUGUUCUGCAUGGCCUGAUGGGAGACGAUGACAUUCCCAGAGAACCUCGAAGGGUUCUGAUUCACCGAGGCUCCACGGGUCUAGGAUUUAAUAUUGUCGGAGGGGAAGAUGGAGAGGGGAUUUUUAUCUCUUUCAUCCUAGCUGGAGGGCCGGCUGACCUCAGCGGAGAGCUGCACAAGGGCGAUCAGAUCCUCAGUGUGAACGGUGUGGACCUACGAAUGGCCACGCACGAGCAGGCGGCGGCAGCAUUGAAGAACGCUGGUCAGACGGUGACCAUCAUUGCUCAGUAUAGACCAGACGAAUACAGUCGUUUCGAGGCGAAGAUCCACGACUUGAGGGAGCAAUUGAUGAACAGCAGCAUGGGCUCUGGAACGACGACUCUAAGAAGCAACCCAAAGAGGGGCUUCUACAUCAGGGCUCUGUUUGAUUAUGACAAAACGGCAGACUGUGGCUUCCUCAGUCAGGCGCUUGGCUUUAGGUUCGGGGACGUGCUCCAUGUCUUGGACUGCGGGGAUGAGGAGUGGUGGCAGGCGCGUAAGGUCAGCCCCCAGAAUGAGGCUGAAGAGGUUGGCUUCAUUCCCAGCAAACACAGGGUGGAAAGAAAAGAGUGGUCACGUGUCAACACCAAAGAGAGGGAUCAUGGUCGGGACACCUUGGGAACGCAAGGGAGAGGAGAUAAAACAUCGCACAGUUAUGAGACCGUCACCCAAGUGGAAGUUCACUACGCGAGGCCCAUCAUCAUACUGGGUCCUGUGAAGGACAGGAUAAAUGAUGACCUAUUGUCUGAGUUCCCUGAUAAGUUCGGCUCAUGUGUCCCACACACCACACGACCCAAACGGGAGUAUGAAGUGGAUGGGCGAGACUACCACUUUGUGUCAUCAAGGGAACAGAUGGAGAAAGACAUCCAGAGCCAUCGUUUCAUCGAAGCGGGCCAGUACAACAGUCACCUGUACGGCACCAGCGUCCAGAGUGUCCGUGAGGUGGCUGAGCAGCAAGGGAAACACUGUAUCCUGGACGUCUCGGCCAAUGCUGUACGACGACUACAAGCUGCCCAGCUUCACCCUAUUGCCAUCUUUGUUCGGCCUAAGUCACUGGAGAAUGUCCUAGAGAUUAACACUCGCCUGACAGAGGAGCAAGCGAGGAAAGGAAUGGACCGAGCCCUAAAACUAGAACAAGACUUCCUCGAGUGUUUUUCAGCUGUCGUGGAAGGGGAUAGCUUUGAAGAGGUCUACCACAAAGUAAAGACAGUGAUCGAGGAGCAAUCAGGGCCUUACAUAUGGAUUCCCACCCGGGAGAGGCUGUGAUACCCUCCCCCCACUUGUACAUAUCAUCUACCGACUCGCACCACCCUUCACCGCCAAGCCGGCCUCGCCUCUUGGGACGUCCUCCAGAAAAGAAGACAGAUGAUAAAAACACGGGAAGUGACAGAGCGAGAGUGAUACCAGAAAAAGACUGACAUCAACUGAUGUGUAAUUAGACUGAAACAGACUUAAUUAGUAUUCCACUUUCUCGAAGCAGGGUUCCAGUUCUUUGGUCAUGUUCACACUUGGCAUUAAAAAGCCAUUUUGCCCAAAAUUGGGCGCAGAUGUCUUUGAGAGAGUUGGUUCAUGGUGCCAGACGCUGCUCUGUGAAUUUUGACGGCAACCACCUCAGUUUUGGUUCCUCGGUAUCUGUCAUAGUUACAAUGUCCUCACAUUGAAAGGAAUCUAAUCAACGUGAUUAGUUUUGCCGUAUUCGAUACGUUUUGGUGUCAAGUGUGAACUGAUGCACAUCUCAUCUGUCUUGAAACAGUCUGGAGGUUAAGAAGACAUCAGGUUUGAGUAGAUGAAAAGGUUGUACAGGGUGGCAGGUAUGGACGCCGAGGUAGUUUGAAGCCUACACCUGAACUGAAGGUGCCCUAAAGGACUAACUGGUUAACCCAGUUUUUGUAUACCAUCUGCUGGUUAUCUGCCCGCCAGUCAAGUCCUCCUUGUUUCGCGACGGGAAAAGGUGGAUCCUGCUGAGAAGUCUUCUACGGGCUAAUCGGUUAUUUGAUUUUUUUUUUCUUGGUUUUUGAGGGUGAACUAGGAAAAUUCAACCUCAGUGACCAAGACUGAUCACCUGUCAAAUAUUACAGGGCACUAUUAUUUAAAGGAAAUCAAAAUAAUUAAAAUGCGAAGAAAAAAAAAUAAAAUGCAUUGUGCAUGUAUCCUCGAAGACGAUGAAAGGAAAGGACUUAAAACAAUGAAAGCUAUGAGGGGGAAAAUCCUAUAAAAAAAAUUGUUUACGGAGUGUGAGUAUGUUUUAAAGCAUGUGUCGUGAUGGAGAAGAUCAGAGACACGGCCACUAGUGCGCAGAGUCGAAACUCUGGCGUACAUUUUAGCGUCUUCUGCACACACGCCCAUGCACGUCCACACACGUGCACCAAAAACAUGUAUCAUUGUAACCUCAACUGUGACCUAUCAACCCACCCCCCACCCCCUCCAUCCCUUCUCCGAGAGGGGUGGGGAGCUGUCUGUUCUGACCUUUGUCUGGUCACAAACCUAGAUGAAUGUUAUCACUCUCUGGGCACAAACAGCAGAGCUUGAACACACCACGGCCGCUGCACCAAUCACUCUUCCGAAGCAGUCCAUCAGCCACAGACUUUCACAAUGUUUUCCAGUGGCUGUGCUAAAAGCCAUGGUGUCAUAGUGUGCGUGUGCGUGUGUGUGCGAGGAACAGGUCUUCUUUUACUCUCAUGCUUCCAGUCCUAUUCUGUUUUCUCCCUCUUGUGACCACACACAUUCAAGCUAAGUCACAAAUAAAUGGUCUAUAUAUAUAAAAAUAUAAAUAUAUACACAUAUAUCUUUUUUAUGACAAUUUCUAACAGGACUAUAGUCUGUAAAAAGGAGAACAAAAAUCUCCAAACGUCGCAUUGGUUAUUUGAUUUCAAUUUGCCAGUUUGGUUUGGGGAAUUUACUCAUGUUCAGCAAAAAAAAAAAAAAAAAAAACAACACAGAGAUGUUGACGUCAAGAUGAUCUCACAAGUAUAUUUUAGUCAGUCAUAUGUCGGAAAUCUAUGGAAAGAUUUAUCCUCUGCAGAUAGAUUUGAGUGAAACGCACGCGUGCAUAAAGUAUGAACUAUAAAAAAACACUAUAUGAGAAUAUCUCUCCUUUAUAACACCCACAAUCAGCUCUAAUGUAAAAUAAAUAAAUGGGUGGUGUGUGUACAUGUGCCAGAGAGAGUGCGAGACGUGCACGGGGUUUAGUGCAAUAUAGCGAUGAUGUUAUGCAAUGAAGAAGGUUACGGUUAUGUGUGGCCACAUUUCAAAUUAUUUAUUGCACUGACAGCAUCGUACGCCACAGGUAAAAAGGCGAAAAAGCAAAAGGAUUUUGAGGUUUUUAUGAGCAUGUGUUUGUGUUCAAUUCGUUUUUUUUUUUUUGUUUGUUUUUUUUUUUCAUUUUUACUGAGUUCUAAGAGUCCAGGUAAAGUAUUGAUCAGUCAUAUUUAUUGUUGAUUUCUGCUCACUGACUUCCUUCGAAUCAGCGGCUGAACAGCUGAAUUUUGUUCAUCACAACUAUCGAUUCAUGUUGUGUUUAUUUAUUUGGAAUUGUCUGUAUAUUUUUAUAUUAUUUUCCAGAUUGAGAGAGUCCAUGCGGUCUUGCUGUAAAUAUGAUGCCGUUUGGCUUUAGAUUUAGCUGUGGAGACUGCGGAAUUGAUGCAGAGUACUGAAUCCAACAAAACUACAGCCCAGUUGAACUGCUCCAACAUAGAAACAUCUGCAUAAACACGCACUUACACACAAACACGUCAAUAUAUAAACAGCCGGUCACAUCCAUCAAUAGAAUAUUUUCAGUUUGUUUAUUUGAGGCGUCUCUGUAUUUCUUAAUAUUUCUCUCAAGUGUGAUAUUCCUUAUUAAAAGAAAGUAUAUUAAUUUUUACAGAAGACUGAUUAUAUCAAAGUUGACUGAUGCAGAAAACUAUAUUUAACAACGACAAUAUCACGCAAAUUAAAAUGUUCCAGUUCAGUGAAGCGCUUGUUGUAAAAUAGCUAUGAAAUAAUAAAAUGAAUUUA